AACAUGUACAUUAGAAACUAUUUAAAAUACUCUGUGCUUAUUAUAGUUGUGAUAAAAGCUACCUACACUCUAAGCUUAAAAUCUAAAAACCUAACUACUGACAAAAACUUGGAACUCCUCAAGUUGAAUGCGACGAUAAAUAAAAUUUUAAAACCUACGAAGAAAGUGGAAGUGUUUCACGAGACGACUACCCCCACUGCACCUACACGAAAUAGGACUAAGCCGAGGUUCGGGAAAAACUUUAAAAAUAAACUGAAGGCGGCUAGUCCUGGCCCGCCCACCGUCAAGAAGAAAACUGGACCCAAGAUCAUCACACCUGAGCUCAUACAAACAUGGGCGAACGAGAUAUCAGAAAAGCUGUACAAGAUCGAGAAGCUCGUAGUGCGGCGGGAGGCCAUCCUGAAGAGCUUUUCCGACGUGAAAGUUGGCGUCCGCGACGGCACCGCCAUCGUCACGAAAGCUGCGAAAGCUCUCGAAGAGCUUUUGUUGAAGAGGACCGAAGCUGCUGAGCGGAUCAUGAGGAAGACAGAAGAGUUGGCUGAUGGCUUCCGGGAGCUCCCUCCGGACUAUACUUACCUUCAAAGUGUGCAACUAGACCAACUAAAGCCGGCGCCCGAAGAGCCAGAAUCCCGCUACAGCCUGCCGCUGAACUGCAGCCGCAUGGAGCGCCUGCGCACGCGCCGCAGCCAGCACUACGCCGCCAGCGUCUCCAUGGACGAGUCCAGCGUCUACGUCACGCAGGAGGUCUACCCUUGCGAUGAAAGAGUUCUCCCUUCCAUAUAUUGGUCAGAAAAACUUCUGUCCACGUUCCGGGAGAAUCACGCUGAAGACUCGACCAUCUCUCACCAGUACUUCUGCAGCCAGACCGGCUUCCUGCGACAUUACCCUGCGGCAGUCUGGGAGAGCAUGCACGCGCUGUCGAUGCCAGAAGAUCUGGCGGACGUGUUCGACUGCCGGCUGCGGCCCUGGUACGUGAGCGCCAGCGGCGCGCCGCGCGACGUGCUCAUACUGCUCGACGCGUCCGGCUCCAUGCACGACUCUUCUAAUAAGGUCUCCGCGGAGAAGUUCAUCAUGGCCCUGCUGAGCGCGCUGACGGACGACGACCAGGUCAACAUCCUGCGCUUCAACGUGGAGGUGGAGUCGCCCAUCGACUGCUUCAACGACAAGCUGGUGCCGGCCAACCACAUAAACUCGGACGCCAUGAUGGCGGCCAUGAAGGGCUACAAGAUGAAGAACCUCACCGACAUGAACCUCGUUUUCCGCGCCUCGGUGCGGAUGCUCCAGGCUCAGAAGGACAUCCCCGGCCGGCCGGAGUCCUGCCAGCAGGCCAUCGUGUUGCUCACUGAUGAGAUGUAUGCGAAUUACUCGGACCUGCUGCAGAGCUUGGACCCUGAUGGACGGAUCAGACUGUUCACGCUCUGGCUGCACGACAUCAACGGGCUGCGCGGCGACACGGACCUGUACGGCGAGUGGGCGAGCUGCCUGCGCGACGGACACUACGCCGAGCUGGCCACCUCGGACAACGACCCGUCGCACGCUGACGUCACGCAGCAGGUACAGAAGAUCCUGCAGAACCUGCAGCGGCCGCUGGUGCAGCAGCGCCGCGAGCGCCUGCGCAUCUUCAGCGACGUCUACGCGCAUGUGGAGGACCCGCGGCGUGGCGAAGUAGCGUGGAAGCUGAAGGCGGACGCGGAGCAGCGCGCGCGAUACGACGAGCUGCGGCGGAACAAGGACGCGCUGCUCGGCCCCGCGAGACUGAUGAGCGACUACAUGUACCAUAAGGACAUGGAGGACCUGGGCCACUACUAUGAGGGUGAGGACGUGAACUACCGCCUGCAGAUCAGCGUCGCCGUGCCCGUGUUCGAGUCCACCACCGUCGAGAAUAUUACGAUUACGCUGCCAGAUCAAAAAAAUCAAAACUCUACAAGGACGUAUCCUGUAAACAGAUUAUUGGGAGUAGCCGGCGUUGAUAUCCCCAUUGAUGAUCUGAAGCUGAUUCUUCCAUACUCAGAGCUAGGAGCUGGCGGGUCCCUGUUCAUAGUGGAUCACCGCGGAAACACUGUUACUCACGACAACCUGAAGCCCUUAUUCGACAGCAACAUCCUGAAGCCCGGGUACCGCACGGUUGACUUCCUGGAGCUGGAGCAGCCGGCCGCGCCGCACGCGCCCCGACAGUUCUCCGCCGAGUGGCUCGCUUUUCGCAAGAAGCUGAUAAUCGAAACAUCCAGAGGCAACAAGACUAUGUACAGCAAGAACAUCUUCGAGGGCGCCAUGCGGGCAUUACUCGAGCAUCGCGACUACCACUGGCGGCGCGUGCUCGACCAUUAUACAGUGGUGGUGGUGCUUCCCAAGUACAACCGCUACCACCUGGUGCACGACGCGGAGUUCUCUCAGAAGCUCGCUGAGGACGCGUACAAGGCGCUACACGGGACGGAGUUUACCGUACAUCCUGAUUGGUUGUACUGCCGCCACGUGGACCCGUCCUUCACGACGCGCGAGGACGAGGUGCUACACUUCCUGCGCCGGCGCCGCGACUACGCGCGCCUGCCCAUGCGGAAUGUCAAGCACGCCUUCUCGCCCAUACCGCCCUCGCUGCUCGAGAAGACGUAUCAAUGUGAUGAACAGCUGAUGGCGCGUCUCAGCGCGGAAGCGGUGCGGACGGAGCCGUGGGCGCGCGAGCACGAGGACGAGAUGAUGAGCGAGAACUGCGGCGCCUGCGAGCUGGGCGCCACCACGGCCUUCUUCGCUAGCGAGAGCGGUCUAACCCGCUGGCAGCUCUACCACGCGACGAUCGGGCACCCGGACCCGCCAGACGGGUCAGCAUGGCCGCGCGGGCCCUCCGAGCCGUGGUACCGCCGCGCCGCGCACAGCCCCGACACGCUCGUGAUCCAUGCUCCCGUCACUCCCGUGCGACACAUGCACAACGCUUAUGAGAAACCGCCUCCUUUGGGUAUCCGCUACGAGUGGCUGACGGCGGCGCGCACGCUGGCGCACUCGCAGGGCGGCGGCAUCAUCGGCGUGGCCGGCUACCACUUCUACCCCGAACACUUCGAGGACUUCGUCUCCACUACUACUGACUUCCCCUGCAACGAAGAAGACGAAGACAAAUGCGAGCCGACGUGCGACGGCGAGGACUGGGCGUGCGUGGUGGUGGACGAGGGCGGCUGGGUGCUGGCGGGCGGCGACCCCGCGCACUCCGCGGAGACGCGGGAGCACCUCGCCACGUUGUACCCCAUGGCCAUGGCGGCUCUGCUCAACGCCUCCGUGUUCAAGCUCGACUGGCUGCAUGACUACCAGGCGGUCUGCUUCCCGCCGGAAGAUGAGAGCAUUGUUGUCUCUGGUUCGAUAAUCCCAUCCAUGAUACAUGCCGUAUGGAGAACAGCCAAGCUUCUUACGAGCUUCACGAGUGUAUUAGUGACGGCCUUUGCGUUUGUUGGACUUGUAAAUGAAGCGAAAGCAGACACGGAAAAAGAAAAGAAGAAGCGGAGAGACAAGCUAAAGAAAGACUACGAGCGAGAGAAGUUUGAGCGACUUUUCGACGAAAGAGUGAUCGUGAACCGAAGCAGGUUUCAGGCAUGCGACAGGUCCCGGCCAUUGUACGAGUUUCAGAACACGCCGCAAUCCCUGGCCGCCCUCAAGCGUCCGGUCCACAUCUGCGACUGGCCGCUGGCGGGCGCGGCGGUGCCCGGCACCAACCUGCUGCUGCUGGCCGUCUACCUGCCCUGCCCGUACAAGGGAAGACCCGUUCCGGACCCGCUCGUUAAUGGACUGUAUAGGUACAUAUACAGGAUGUUGCGUCUAGUACACAUCUGCGACUGGCCGCUGGCGGGCGCGGCGGUGCCCGGCACCAACCUGCUGCUGUUGGCCGUCUACCUGCCCUGCCCGUACAAGGGACGACCGGUUCCGGACCCGCUCGUUAAUGGACUGGUGAAGAUGCCCGACGAGAUCCGCGCCCUCAACCACUCGGCGAGCCGGCUGGCGUGCUGGCGGGACCGCACGCCGCUGCUGGGCCGCCCGCCCUCCGUCAAGUGCUUCCCGCAUGAUUACCAACAGGAAAAGGGGUACAGACAGUGCGGACCUUGGGUUCCAGAUAAACCGAAAAAAAAUGCGCACAGACAUAGCAUUCCUAUGUUUUAUGUUGUCUUUAUAUCAAUAAUGUUGUUAUGUUUCUAAGAGCUAUUACAUAGGCUUUAAAGCUUUAUGCUGCCCGUGCAAGUGUACCUUAAUUGAUGAAAUCUUGUUU